AUGAAUCCAUUGACGGCAAACGUUUCGUUCAGUUUGUUUACAAACGAGUCGACCGAUGGACAGGUGUUUUCAUUUUAUGGCGACACCUCUUUCUACAAGCAAUUAGCGAAAUCAAAAAUAUAUUCAUCAGAAAAACGGACAGUUAUUAUAGUACACGGAUAUACUGAUUAUUUUGAUGAUUGCAAUCGUUAUGAUGAUGACAAUUCUACUACCUGUGCUUGGAUGGCUAAUAUUAAAAAUUAUUUUUUAGAUUAUGAUUACAAUGUCAUAGCCGUCGACUGGCGAGAACCGGCAAAUUCGCUCAAUUACUUUAACUCGGCCUUCAAUACACAAAUUGUUGGSGCAAUGGUUGCCGAGUUUAUCAAAAAAUUGAUCGACAUUUUUGGUGCCAAACCGCAAGACUUUCAUCUAAUCGGUCAUAGUUUAGGCGCACAGGUAUGUGGUUUUGCUGGUAAACGUUUUAACGAUACAAAAAUCGGACAAAUCACUGGCUUAGAUCCGGCCGGUCCAGGAUUUUCAUCGUAUAGACUGUCACCAGACGAUGCAACACUAGUUAAAGUUUUACAUACAAGUGCCGGACUAACGAAAAAUGUCGAUGAUUUUAUCGGUGAAAAUCCAUUGGAAAGCAUACAACUAUUUGGUUGGUUAGGUUGUGACGAUUCAUUAGGACAUUUCGAUUUUUGGCCCAAUGGAGGUAAUGGUCAACGAGGUUGUGAAAAAAUUUUAUCGUUAAAUGAAUUAUUUGAUUUGGGUUUAAGUGGUCUUAAAUAUAAGGCUUCAUGCGAUCACUCGAGAGCUACAGAAUUGCCAUUAAAUGGUUAUCAACGACACAAACAAUUGAUGCCCAAUGAUUGUCAAAUGAUUGGCUACCAGUGCGACAAUAAUGGCGACUUUGCAGAUGGCAAAUGUGGCGAUUGUGGUGAUGACAAUAGUCGGUGUAUGCCAUUGGAGUUUAUGCCCGAGUUUUGGACCAAAUCGGAUAACUGGGUUAAUGCUGUUGUAAGCUAUCCACGAAAUUUGUUUUUAAGGACUACCGAUAAGAUGCCGUUUUGUUUGUUUCACUACCAGAUACUGAUAUCAAUAGGAAAUAACUUUAAUGCUGGUCUCAUAACGAUUAGACUAACUGGCUUAAAAUCUAUACAGAUAUCGUUGAAUAGUUUUAUCACUGGAUUCACUAGUGGCAAAAACUAUACCUACUUGUAUACCGGUGCUGAAUCGUUAGGUCAGAUCAAUGAGGCAACUGUUCAAAUCCAACAACGACAUGUCGUUGAUUACUUACAACGGGCUAACCUGUUUAGGAGCAAAAAAUAUCGUAAUCGUAAUAAUGGGGUACAAAUAGAUGCCAUUUAUGUUAAUUACAUGAGUAAUAGUGAUAAAAGAAUUAGAGAUCAAUAUUCAUCACAAUUGAUGCCCGAAUAUGAAUCGUCUACUAAUAAUAAAUAUCAACUAUUAUUUCGACUAUAA